CGGGGCUUCACGCAGCAGGUUUGUGUGUCUCUCUACAGCAGCAUUGAAACGCACAGACAGACUCACGGACGCGAGAAGAAUACCGGAGAAUAAAUGAGACGGUGAAUUCGCGACGGAGAGACGGAGAAAGCACAUUUUGGACAUAGAUUUAGCCACGCCCACAGCCGAAGAUGUCAGACAAUGGGGAAGUAGAGGACAAGCCGCCAGCUCCGCCCAUGAGGAACACCAGCACUAUGAUUGGCUCGUCCAGUAAAGACUCAGGACCGCUGAAUCACGGCUCCAAACCACUACCCCGCCCACCAGAGGACAAGAGAAGGAAAGAGGGAUUCAUCCGAUCCAUCCUGACCGGAGGAGGAGACAAGACCAAUAAGAAGAAGGAGCGUCCAGAGAUCUCCCUGCCUUCAGACUUUGAGCACACCAUCCAUGUUGGCUUUGACGCCGUCACCGGUGAAUUCACUGGCAUGCCAGAGCAGUGGGCUCGAUUACUCCAGACGUCCAACAUCACCAAACUGGAGCAGAAGAAGAAUCCUCAGGCCGUUCUAGACGUGCUUAAAUUCUACGACUCGAAAGAGACAUCCAACAACCAGAAAUACAUGAGCUUUACAGAUAAAGGUGUGGAGAACUUCAACUCCUCCAGCGCAGUGGUCCCCAAAACUGUGUCCGAAACGCCCGCCGUCGCCACCGUCUCUGAGGAUGAGGACGAGGAAGAGGAUGAAGCCACGCCGCCGCCCGUCAUCGCCCCCCGGCCCGAACACACCAAAUCUGUGAGUGCUUCUCUCUAA